UCCUGUUGGCGCCCCCGCCCCUUCCGCGGACUCUGCCUCCUCCUUCCCCGGAGGCCCGGCGGCCGCCAGCGGGGAGGAGGCAGAGCAUGGACUCCCCGGAGCUGGGCUUUGCUCCCCUCACGCAGCGCCCGCGGACCUGGACGCCAGGGGGGAGGAGAAUAAAGGAUUGGUCCUGCUCACUCCUCGUGGCCUCUCUCGUGGGCGCCCUCGGCUCCUCGUUCCUCUACGGGUACAACCUCUCGGUGGUGAACGCCCCCACUCCGUACAUCAAGGCCUUUUACAAUGAAUCGUGGGAACGAAGGCAUGGGCGUCCAAUAGACCCGGAUAUGCUGACUCUGCUCUGGUCGGUGACGGUGUCCAUAUUCGCCAUCGGUGGACUCGUGGGGACGUUGAUGGUGAAGAUGAUCGGAAAGGUUCUUGGGAGGAAGCACACUUUGCUGGUCAACAAUGGGUUUGCAAUUUUGGCGGCCUUGCUGAUGGCCUGUUCUCUCCAGGCAGGAGCCUUUGAAAUGCUCAUCGUGGGACGCUUUGUCAUGGGCGUGGAUGGAGGCAUCGGCCUCAGCGCGCUCCCCAUGUACCUGAGUGAGAUCUCGCCCAAGGAGAUCCGCGGCUCCCUGGGGCAGGUGACCGCCAUCUUCAUCUGCAUCGGUGUGUUCGCCGGGCAGCUGCUGGGCCUGCCCGAGCUGCUGGGAAAGGAGAGCACCUGGCCGUACCUGUUUGGAGUGAUUGCUGUCCCUGCCGUGGUCCAGCUGGUGAGCCUGCCCUUCCUCCCUGAGAGCCCACGCUACCUGCUCUUUGAGAGGCAUGACCAGGCGGGAGCGGAGAAAGCCUUCCGAACUUUCCUGGGCAAAGAGGAUGUCUCCCGAGAGGUGGAGGAGGUCCUGGCUGAGAGCCGUGUGCAGAGGAACAUCCGCCUGGCGUCGGUGCUGGAGCUGCUCAGGAGCCCCUUUGUCCGCUGGCAGGUCAUCACUGUGGUCAUCACCAUGGCCUGCUACCAGCUCUGCGGUCUCAACGCGAUUUGGUUCUACACCAACAGUAUCUUUGGAGACGCUGGGAUUCCUCCAGAGAAGAUCCCAUACAUCACCUUGAGCACUGGGGGCAUUGAGACUUUGGCUGCCGUCUUCUCUGGCUUGGUCAUUGAGCGCCUGGGACGGAGACCUCUCCUCAUUGGCGGCUUUGGGCUGAUGACGCUCUUCUUCGGGAUCCUCACCAUCACCCUGACGCUGCAGGACCAGGCUCCCUGGAUCCCUUACCUGAGUAUCCUGUGCAUUCUGGCCGUCAUCGCCUCCUUCUGCAGCGGGCCAGGUGGCAUCCCCUUCAUCCUGACCGGGGAGUUUUUCCAGCAAUCCCAGCGGCCGGCUGCCUUCAUCGUCGCGGGCUCUGUCAACUGGCUCUCCAACUUUGCUGUCGGGCUCCUCUUCCCAUUCAUUCAGAGAAGUCUGGACACCUACUGCUUCCUGGUCUUCGCUGCCAUCUGCCUCGCAGGUGCUAUUUAUUUCUAUUUUGUCCUGCCUGAGACCAAAAACAGAACCUAUGCAGAAAUCAGCAUGGCAUUUGCCAAAAGGAACAAGACAUACCCACCAGAGGAGAAAAUUGACUCAGCUAUAACUGCUGAUGAGGUGAAUAGGAGGCCUGAACCAGAUUCCUCCCCGACCCUGCACAAUCAUGUCAACAACAGGAUUGCCUAAAUGGAUGAUCUUAACCAUUACAGGAAACCAAAGAUUUCCCUAUGAGUUCAACAUUAUCAGGUUUUUAGAAAUAAACUUUUGCUAAUCUAACAUCACAACCAUUUGGGCUUUCUUCAUAACUGAAUCCCCUAAACUCUUCUGGAAGCUGGAAAGAAUCACCUGGCUUCAGUAGACCCAGCAUUCUUCUGUGAAGAUCAACGGCCUGCCUUCCUCAUGCAGGCGGGCCAUUUGAGCCCAUGGUUUCAAAAGGAAAUUGGGGUACUAGCGUUUGAAUGCUUUCUCAGAGGAAAACAACAUGGUCUGACAGAGGACUAGAUGGAGGAGAAAUCACAAACUGAGUCUCAGUUCCAGCUCUACCUUAAGUAGCCUUCAGCUGCCCUCAACCUGGAUCCUGAAGCCUCAGGGGACCCCUGGCUCUGGUGCUGGAUGAAGGCUUUCAGAACUCAGUGGAAAGACUCCUUGUACCUCCUAAUAAAUGCCUGUUACCCAUCUUUGGCUCUGCUUUGUGGAUCUCAGGCUGAGGACACCAACACACCCUCCCCCAGUUUCCACCCCUCCCAGGCCAUGUCCCAUGGGGCUCCAGACUUCACCUCCAGAAGCUGUCUUCACCUCAGAGUACCAGAAGUGUUACAGAGGGCAUAAUGAGGACCAGUACGUGGAAGACCUAGAAAGGCGGAUAUAAGAAGUAGCUAUUCAGUAGCGUGGGCAAAUUGAAUUCCGUUCAACUGAAAAAACAAUAUUAAGUGACUCUGAAGCUAAACCCAGCCUUGGUGGGAAAAUGCUGGGAUUGACUGGUGAUGUCUGCCCUGGGUGCAGGAGUAGGGGUUCCACACAUGUGCUUGGUCUUGCUGAUCUUAGAAGAGGUUUAUGUGAAAGACAGUGCAUUACAGUUCUCCAGAAGAACAGUACAUAUAUAUAAUCUACUAUGAGGAAUUGGCUCACCCAGUUAUGAAGGCUGAGAUGUAAAGCUUGGAGGAGUCCCACAAUCUGCCAUCUGAAAGCUGGAUGGCCAGGAAAGCUGGAUCUCAGGAAGGCCUGAGAGCCAGAAGAACUAAUGGUAUGAGCUCUUAUCUAAGGCCAAAGGACCAGGUACCAGGAGCCUGAUGGUGUAAGUUCCAGUCCUAAGGCAAAAGAAGACUAGGGUCCUACCUCAGCAAUCAACUUGACAGCAAAUUUUCCCUUCUCCAGCCUCUUUCUUUCCUAUCCAGAUCCCCAGUGGACCGUAUGAGGCGUAGCCACACCUCAGUCUACCAAUCCAGAUGCAGAUCUUGCGUAGAAAUAUCCUCGCAGACACCCAGAAAUAAUAUGUGACCACAUACCUGAAAACUCCAUGGCCCAGUCAAGUUGGCCCAGAGUAUUAAACAUCACAGACAGUGAGUUCACCAUCACUCAAACAAAGGCUGAGAGAUUGUUUGUCUUGACUGUUAUGAAGGAAAUCUGUUGCUUUUGGAAGAAGUUGUUAGGAGAAGAUGUGCUUAAGGACUCGUCCAACCUUUACAUCCUAGGGCUGUUUGGGUCAGAACAGCUCACCGCCUGGCAUUACGGUGCAGGCCCUGUGGUUUGGCGGAUGCCCUAUACUUGCCUCCAGAAUGAAACAAACUCAAAGUGCCCAAAUGCAAGUGAAAGUGUACCUGAAUUAGCACCUGUGUGUUUGAAUUUAGUAUGUCACAGGAAGAGGGGGGCCACAGAGGGAAUGCUCUGGGUCCCACAACACCACAGGAACCCUUCAGCCUUUCUCCCCCAGGCUUUUUUGACCACUCUAGACAAAGACAGCCUUAGCCACAGCCUGAGUGCUGACGUUCCUCUCCUACUGAAUAUGGUUUCAUUGCUGGGCUUCUUCUCUGGUUGAUUGACAGCUGAAUGCACCAUACCACCCAGCUUUGGUAUGGCUGAAAAAUUUGGAUGGUGUUUGUCACCAUGGAGUGAAACUGCUAUAUGGGUAUUAAAAGUGCCAAGACCAAAAUGCCAAAUAAAGUAUAAAAAGAAAUCUUAGCUUCUAGUGUUCCCUUUCAUUUGUAUACUUCAAUACUUAGUCACCAAAUGUUUAUUAGGGGCCUACCAUGGACCAGGAACUAGGUGGGCACCAAGGAUGAGUCAGUGAGCAAGAAAACACACUGCCCUGGCCUGCAUUAACUCGUGUCCACCACAGAGGAUUGCAGAUCAGAGAAUUAUUAACACUAAAGUGUCAUCAGCACUUGGGGAGGGAGACACCAUGAAAUAGAAACAAGAAAUAGCAAAAUCACCUAUUGCAGAGUUGAGGGGAAAGGUGAGUCAGGAAAGUCUUCCCAAAUAAAUGGCAGAAAUGGAAUGAGAACCACACGACUCUCCCGCAAUAGGCCAGGAAAUAUUCUUACAUGUAAUACAUUUAAAAAGUUAAUAUGGCAACAGUAAAUAAAUUUUUGAAAAAUAAAACAAUAAGACUCCCAUAAUCUCAGAUGCUUCAAUUUCCCUAACACUAUCAUUUUCAUUUUUAUAUAUCUCUGUCCAUUUCGGGUUUAUUAUUUAUCCUGUCAUAAUCACAGAAUACAUUAAACAAUUUACAACUA